AUGCUCCCGGACUCUGACAUACACUUGGACUUUCUACGGCUAGCUUUGGCCGAAGCACGGAAAUGUGAACCGACACCAACAGCCUUCUGCGUUGGUUGUGUCAUCACGGCCCAUCUGAUAGAGUCUGAACGACCAGUCAUUCUUGCUCGCGGUUAUUCGCGCGAGCUUCCUGGGAACACCCACGCUGAGGCAAACGCCCUGACCAAAGCACGCCAACUAUCGCAAGAAAAACUCCAUCAGCUCUUCCCUUCCUCCCCUCCGGAGAUCAGCGUCGACGAACUUCUGACCCAUGCGGACAUUUAUACAACCAUGGAGCCGUGCUCUGUACGCACAUCGGGAUUGUCUCCUUGCGCAAACGCUAUCAUUGCUGCCAACAUAUGCAGGUGCUUCAUUGGAGUAGGCGAGCCGGAUGACUUCGUAAAGUGUGAGGGCGCGCAGAGGUUGAAUACCGCAGGAAUCAAGGUCAUCUGGGUAAAAGGUCUCGAAAACGAAUGUCUUGAAGUGGCUCGACGAGGCCACUAGUCCUCAGAACAUGCGUCUCUCAUCGUGUUGUGCACGGCGGCGUGGAGACUAAGGAAGUGGGGCUACCAUUGUGAUACGCCUCGGCCUUCGCACAAAGUGAAGCGACAUGACGCUACUGUAUAAUGAACGUAUUUGAGCUG